CAGACUAGCGUGGGAGGGCCAGGGGAGGGAGCAAUGGCGUGCUGUUCACUGAGUUUUCCGGUGACGGCGAAGCCAAGGUCUCCAUCGCCACCGACUUCUGGUGGCGUUCCCUUGUCUCCCUUUCGUACUUAUCCAUCAAGGUCCACUUCACGCUCACGCUUGUUAUUCCAAUCUUCCCCAUUCAGCGCUUGCUCUCCCCCCUCGCUCUCUCUCGACUCCGACGAAACCCUUAUCCGAAGGCCUCGACUCUCCAGGAGUCCUCCCGAUUUCCUGGUUGUGUCAUCAGGCAAUAAGCAAGAACCUCUAAAGGUGAUAAUAUCUGGGGCUCCUGCUUCAGGUAAAGGGACACAAUGUCAGCUCAUCACUCAGAAAUAUGGUUUAGUUCAUAUUGCAGCUGGAGAUUUACUGAGGGCGGAAAUUUCAUCUGGGAGUGCAAAUGGGAAGCGCGCAAAGGAAUACAUGGAGAAAGGACAAUUGGUCCCUAAAGAAAUAGUUUUCAUGAUGGUGAAGGAGCGCCUUUCGCGAUCAGAUUCUCAAGAAAAUGGUUGGCUUUUGGAUGGAUUUCCAAGGAGGUUAUCUCAAGCAACUGCACUUAAAGAAAUUGGUUUUCAGCCAGACAUAUUUAUCCUUCUAGAAGUGGCUGAGGACAAUCUUGUGGAGCGAGUGGUGGGGCGUAGGCUAGAUCCUGUUACUGGCAGGAUAUAUCACUUAAAGUAUUCUCCACCGGAGACUGAAGAAAUUGCUGCGAGGCUUACCCAGCGCUUUGAUGACACAGAAGAAAUGGUAAAAUUGCGAUUACAAACUCAUCAUCAAAAUGUGGAGUCGGUGCUUUCAAUGUACGAGGACAUAACCAUCAAGAUAAAUGGAAAUUCCUCCAAGGAAGAUGUUUUUUCUCAAAUUGACAAAGCCCUGACAACCCUUAUUGAGCAAAAGAAUGCUACAUUGGGUUCUAUGGCAGCUUAAAGAUUAGCGCAUAUAAAAGAGAUAGGAAACCUUUUGUGAGGCACGACUCUCAUUUUUGUACAAUAAGAAAAAGAAAGAAAAAAAAAGAAAGGAUUGUAGCUUUUAAUGAGAACCACAUAUUAGUAGAGAAUAAGUUAAAAUAUUUAUGGACUAUAUUUUGUGAGAAAUGACAAAGAAUGGAGAUAUACUCCUGCAUGGAGAUGGGCACGUGGGUGCUAAAGAAGAAUUUGAGGGUUUUCAGCUUAUAUGGGGUUAAUGACAUUUGGCACCAAUAAUUCAUGGGGUUGUCUCCCAUAACUCUAUAUGUAUGUAUUUAGGUAAUACACAUGGGGGGAACUCGGCUCAGGGGGAGCUGGGUUGGACAGAGGGGAAGGAACACUAAAGAAAGGUGAUAAAAUGGGAGGAGAUGAAGGGUACUCACAAGAGGAAAUUAUGGAAAGUUAUGUAAAUAUAUUGAAGGAAGUGGGAUUGGUUUUUCUUUGGGUUUUUCUGCUUGUUUGUAAGUGAGUGAGAGGCUUUAAACAACUGAUUUUGUUAUGUUUUGAUCGUGGGCUUGAGGAGGUGGGUUGUUACACCUGUGCCCGAAUUCACUCUUAGCGCGGGGGUAUUGCAAUUGGCAUAACUGACGUCGUCCUUCUAAUAAAGCAAAUGAGAAACUGUAUAGAAACUUAUAGUAUCAUUUACAGUAUAUAUUACUAUUCUUGUUGCCCUGGAUCAUUGUUGUUGCUAGGCUAGUUGCUCAAGUCUUUUCAGUUGCUGACGAGGGUUUUAGGUUUAUUCUGCUGAGGAGUUUUUGUAUGAAAUGAGUGAUCAUUAAGUUACUUUCUAUUGGAGAAAUGGAAUUAUACGACUUACUCGAGUCAUUGGUCAGAUUACCUGAAAUUUCACAUUUCGUUUGUAAAGUUCGUAGAA